AUGCCAGAAGUAGAGACAAAGAUUACACCCAACGAAGAAGAGGAGGAAGAGGAUGACUACAUUGAAGAGGAGGACGAGGACUUCCAGCCUGAAAGAGACAAAUUGGGCGAUGGUAGUGACGAUAGCGACGCCAGCGAUGGUGGUGAUGGCGAUGACGAUAAUGAGAGCAAAGGCAAGGGCAGAAGCAAAGUGGACUAUUCGCGUAUAGAAAGCGAGAGUGGCGGACUGAUUAAGACUAGAAGAGCUCGGCAAGCCGAAGAAGAAUAUGCGAAGACACAUAAAUAUGAAUCGCUAGCUGUGGAGUCGAUCCCCGCAAAAGUAAAUAGCAUCUGGGAAGAGUUGCAGCAAGCGAGUCGGGAUCGUUUUUUGAGCAGUUCUGGAAAAGUUGGUUCUGUUUUAGGCAGUUCCAACGAGUCUGGGUCGACGACGGCCGUGCAACAGGAGGACAAGAUCCUCAUCGAAAGAAACUAUAAGUUCGCCGGAGAAACUAUUAAUGAGAAAAAGUGGGUUCCUCGUAGCAGUGCGGAGGGUCAAGAAUAUCUAAAUAGUUUAAAAUUCAAGCAGCAGGCGCAGCAGGCGCCUGCUGCUCCUACUCAACCAGACAAGACAAUUGAGACUAGUCUCAGUGAGAGCCGGAAACACUUGCGGCGGCCACUAAAAAGGCCGCCGCUGUUGGAGCAGAUCAUCUCUGGUGGGCUACGACCUAAGCUAACGACGCUGGAAAAGUCCCAGCUGGACUGGGCUAGCUAUGUAGACCGUGCUGGGCUUAACGAUGAGUUAGUUCUGCACAACAAGGAUGGAUUUUUGGCCCGGCAAGAAUUUUUGCAGAGGGUUGGGUCUGCGGAGGAUGAGAGGUACAAAGAGUUGCGCCGCCAACAGCUUGCUCAGCAGUUGCAGCAGGAUGGCGGAGCUUCUUAG